AAGCUGAACUCUAGCGGCGGCGGAAGUGCGGCUCCGCACGGGCAAGAUGGCGGCGCCCAGGGCUUCCUCGUUCGAGUAGGUGGCUGGCUGCAGAGACUCGCUGCAAGUGGUUCAAGCGGAGAACGCAGGAGCAAGGGGUUAAUGAGAACAUUCCCACAGCAAGAAGGACUGGAAGGAGUCAUACAAAGGCCACAGCUUUAGUGCCAAGAUGCUGUCCAGACCAAAGCCUGGAGAGUCUGAGGUGGACCUACUGCGCUUCCAGAGUCAGUUCCUCGAGGCUGGUGCAACUCCGGCGGUACAGCUGGUGAAAGGAAGUAGGAGACAUGGUGAUGCUCACCUGGACCAGCUCCCACCGCAGGACCGUCGGGAUGUGGUGAUGCUGGACAAUCUCCCAGAUGUGCCCCCAGCUCUGGUGCCCGCUCCUGCAAAGAGAGCUAGACCUAGUCCUGGCCACACCCUGCCUCACAAUGAAGACCCUGAGGAGAGGCUGAGUAGGCACGAUCAGCAUAUCACCGCGGUUCUGUCUAAAAUUAUUGAACGGGAUACAAGUUCAGUCACUGUGACUCUGCCUGUGUCCAGUGGUGUCCCUUUCCCCGCUGUGUUCCAUUGCUCAAAGGAGAGACAGGGGAAAUCAGGAGCAUCGGGUAAGAGGAGCAUCUUUGCCCAAGAGAUUGCAGCAAGGAGGGCGACUGAAAACCGGGCCUCAGCAGCUGGGGAAGUUGUCCCCAACCUAGACCCACCAGAGGGUGCUGUGCCCUCUGAAACACUGUUCUCCAGGGACAAAGGCAGCCAGUUUCCAGGGGGCAGCCAUGACUUCCACAGAUCGAAUCUGGUCACAGGGAAGGGGCUGAGGAGCCAGGCUGCUGAGCAGGAAGUCCAGACCAUCCAUGAAGAGAAUGUUGCAAGACUGCAAGCCAUGGCUCCCGAGGAGAUCCUGAAGGAGCAGCAGCAGUUACUGGCUCAGCUUGACCCCAGCUUGGUUGCCUUCUUGAGAUCUCAUAGCCAUGCCUUGGAGCAAGCAGGAACUGAGGACCCCAAGGGGCAGAGCCCAGGAAGACCCACAGUUCCAGUCGCUAAAGAAGAGCCCAUCAUGUCAGCGUCUACCAGUGAGCCCAUGGAGGAGGACAAGCUGGAGCCCAGAGCCCCAGCACUGAAACUACCCGUGACCCUCAACAAAGAAUGGCUCCAUAUGGACACAGUUGAGCUGGAGAAGCUCCACUGGACACAGGACCUGCCCCCGCUCCGACGGCAGCAAACACAGGAGAGAAUGCAGGCCCGAUUCAGCCUUCAAGGAGAGCUCCUGGCACCUGAUGUGGACCUGCCCACCCACCUGGGCCUGCACCACCAUGGAGAAGAGGCAGAGAGAGCAGGGUACUCUCUCCAGGAGCUGUUCCAUCUGACCCGCAGCCAGGUGUCCCAGCAGAGAGCCCUAGCACUGCACGUGUUGUCCCAGAUCAUCGGCAGGGUCAGACUAGGAAUGGGGCAAAUUCAGGGUCAUGGGCCAGCAAGGCCCAUACAAGUUCUGCAUCUUCAACAGUUUUUUCCCCCUGAUCCCAAGGCCCAGGCUGGUGAGUUUGGAGACUGCCUAGUGGGCGGUAUCUUGCGCCUCCUCUUGGAUGCUGGUUUCCUCUUCCUGCUUCGCUUCUCUCUGGAUGACAGGGUAGACGGUGUCAUCGCAGCAGCCGUCCGGGCUCUUCGCUCCCUACUAGUAGCUCCUGGAGAUGAGGAGCUCCUUGACAGCACCUUCUCUUGGUAUCAUGGAGCUUCGGUGUUCCCUCUGAUGCCCAGCCAGGAGGACAAAGAUGAUGAAGGUGAGGAUGAAGAACCCACAACCAAAAAGGCGAAGAAGACCCCUGAGGAAGAAAGCCGCCCUCCCCCCGACCUGGCCAGACAUGAUGUCAUCAAGGGGCUCCUGGCUACCAACCUGCUGCCUCGGCUGCGCUAUGUGCUGGAGGUGACUUGCCCAGGGCCCUCUGUGGUUCUUGACAUCCUGGCUGUCCUUAUCCGCUUGGCCCGGCAUUCCCUGGAGUCAGCCACGAGGGUUCUAGAGUGUCCUCGGCUAAUAGAGACCAUAGUUCAAGAAUUCCUGCCUACCAGUUGGUCCCCCAUGGGGGUGGGACCUACUUCCAGUCUAUACAAAGUGCCCUGUGCUGCUGCCAUGAAACUGCUUAGAGUCCUGGCCUCAGCUGGGAAGAAUAUUGCUGCCCGACUGUUCCGCAGCUGUGACUUCAGGAGCCGUCUGAGCCGGUUCCUAGCCGAAGCUCCACAAGAGCUGGCCUUGCCUGCCAAGGAGGCAGAGGUGCUGAGCACGGAGGCCUUCCGUCUGUGGGCCGUGGUCGCUUCCUAUGGCCAGGGUGGCCACCUUUAUAGGGAGCUGUACCCAGUGCUCAUGCGGACCUUGCAGACCCUGCCUACGGAGCUCAGCACCCAUCCCCCAAAGCCAGUUUCCAUGCAGCGAAUGGCCUCUCUGCUCACGCUUCUUACCCAGCUGACUCUGGCAGCUAGCAGCACACAUCCUGAACCCAGCAGUGACUCUGCUGAGACCUGCGUGUCGGCCAUCCCUUCUUCCGUCACCUGGACACAGGUAUCUGGACUUCAGCCACUGAUCGAGCCAUGUCUAAAGCAGACCCUAAAGUUCCUGCCCAGACCUGAUGUAUGGAAUGCCCUGGGCCCAGUGCCCAGUGCCUGCCUGCUCUUCCUGGGUGCCUACUACCAGGCCUGGAGCCAGCAGUCAGAUCUGUGCCCAGAGGAUUGGCUUCAGGACAUGGAGCGCCUGUUGGAUGAGCUCUUGCUGCCAUUGCUGAGCGAGCCUUCUCUGGGCCGUCUGUGGGAUUCCUUGAGGCACUGCUCCCCGCUCUGCAAUCCACUGUCCUGUGCUCCUGCUCCUGAAGCCCUCCCCAGCCUUGUGUCCCUGGGCUGUGCAGGAGGUUGUCCCCCUCUCAGUAUAGCUGGCUCAACCUCACCCUUCCCAUUCCUCACUGCCCUCCUCUCUCUCCUCAACAUUCUGGUCCGGAUCCACAAGGGGCUUUGUGGACAGCUGGCUGCUGUGCUGACUGCCCCAGGACUCCAGAACUACUUUCUCCAGUGUGUGGCUCCUGUGCCUGCCCCACAGCUCACACCCUUCUCUGCCUGGGCCCUGCGCCAUGAGUACCACCUGCAGUACUUGGUGCUCUCGCUAGCCCAAAAAGCGGCCACACUGCAGCCACAGCCAGCCACCAGUACUGCCCUCCACCAUACCAUGGCCUUGGCCCUGCUGAGCCGGCUGCUGCCUGGAAGUGAACACCUCGCCCAAGAGCUGUUGCUGAGCUGUGUGUUCCGGCUGGAGUUCCUGCCGGAGAAUGCGUCAGGGGGUCCAGAGGCAGCUGACUUCUCUGACGGACUGUCUUUAAGGAACAGUGGGGACCCUCAGUGUAAACGAGGGGCUCUCCUAGUUCAGGCUUGCCAGGAUCUCCCCAGCAUCCGCAGCUGCUACCUGGCCCAUUGUUCACCAGCCAGAGCCAGCCUGCUGACCUCCCAAGCCUUAUACCGCGGAGAGUUACCCCGAGUUUCAAGCCUGCUACUGCCUGUACCUAAGGAGCCCCUGCUGCCCACUGACUGGCCCUUCCAGCCAUUGAUCCGCCUCUACCAUCGGGCUUCAGAUGCUCCCUCUGGGAUCCCUGCUGCUGACACCGUAGGCAUCGCCAUGCGAGUCCUACAGUGGGUGCUGGUUCUGGAGAGCUGGCGCCCUGAGGCCCUCUGGGCUGUGCCUCCUGGUGCCCGCCUGGCACGGCUCAUGUGUGUGUUCCUGGUGGAUAGCGAGCUAUUCCGAGAGACUCCUGUACAGCAUCUGGUGGUAGCUCUUUUAGCGUGGCUCUGUCGGCCCCAAGUCCUGCCAAACCUCAACCUGGACUGCCCACUCCCUGGCCUGACGUCGUUUCCUGACCUCUAUGCCAGCUUCUUGGACCACUUUGAGGCUGUCUCUUUUGGGGACCACUUGUUUGGGGCCCUGGUCCUCCUCCCGCUGCAGCGUCGGUUCAGUGUCACCUUGCGCCUCGCCCUCUUUGGGGAGCACGUGGGGGUCUUGCGAGCCCUGGGCCUGCCACUGACUCAGCUGCCUGUGCCCUUGGAGUGCUUCACAGAGCCCGCCGAGGACAGCCUGCCUCUCCUUCGGCUCUAUUUCCGGGCCCUGGUUACUGGCGCGCUCCGUCCCCACUGGUGCCCUGUCCUCUACACUGUAGCUGUGGCUCAUGUCAAUAGUUUCAUCUUCUCCCAAGACCCAAAGAGCUCAGAUGAGGUGAAGGCUUCCCGGAGGAAUAUGCUGCAGAAAACGUGGCUGCUGGCAGAUGAGGGUCUGCGGCAGCAUCUCCUCCACUACAAGCUUCCCAACUCCAGCCUCCCAGAGGGCUUUGAGCUGUAUUCCCAGUUGCCUCGUCUGAGACAGCAGUACCUUCAGACAUUGCCCACAGAGGUGCUUCAGAAUGGAGGAUUAAAGACGUAGGGCACUUGGCACCAGCUUGAGAUGGAUAUAUUCUCCUGGGCCUUGACACUGGAAGUCUGCUCUUACAGAAGAACACCAUUUCAUGAGGGAAAGUGGGGGACAAGGGAACACACGGCUCGCCUUCCUGCGAGCACAUUGUUUGAGCCUUUUUUAGAAAUGGAAGGAAUGCUUAUUCCACCCGAUACUGGAACUCAGGAUCUGGGGCUUUGAGGGCUGUGCUAGGAGCGGAGGGUGACUUAGCUGUUUACCCCACUGAGGGCACAGAACAGGCUGAGUCCCCUCUCCUCACCUCCAGGGUGUGUCAUUGCUCUACUACCCAUUGAAAUAAAUUCUUUUCUACUCUA